GGCAGUCUAGGUAUGACUGGCCUGCAGCCUAGCCCCAGAGACAGGCCUUGGAAGGCGCUGGCCAAGGAGGACCUGGAGAAGCAAUAUUCCCCCAGCAGAUGGUCCCACCGAUUGAAUGCUGAGGAAGUGAUAAAAGCUCAUGUUCAAGUGGGAACAGAGGUAGCCACUAAGAAAGCCCAGGCAAGGGAGCAGAAUCUACUUGGUGUCACUUAUGGAGAUGGUGAUGGUGAGAAACUCGACAUAUAUUUCCCUACCAAGGCCUCUGCAGAGUUGCCUUUUUUCCUGUUUAUUCAUGGAGGAUAUUGGCAAGAAGGAAGUAAAGACUAUUCAGCCUUUAUGGUUGCCCCAUUGACUGCAGCAGGAAUAGCAGUGGCUGUAAUUGCUUAUGACCUUGCCCCAAAAGGUAAUAUUGACCUGAUGCUGAGCCAGGUGAGGAGCAGUGUCCUAUUCAUCCAGAAGCAGUAUGCAUUCAACAGGGGAAUUUAUCUAUGUGGACAUUCAGCUGGAGCUCACUUGACCUCCAUGGUGCUCUUGACAAAUUGGGCUGAACAUGAAGUCAUUCCAAACAUUAAAGGUUCUUUCUUGGUGAGUGGGAUCUACGACCUGGAACCCAUUGUGUAUACCUAUGUCAAUGACAUUCUUCAAAUGACUGUGGAAGAUGCCCAGAGGAAUAGUCCCAUGUUUUGCCAGAAGGCCAUCCAGAGUCAAGUGACUUCAGCUUGUGAAUUAAUAAUAGCUGUGGGCCAACAUGAUUCUCCCGAGUUCCUUCGACAGUCCUUGGAUUAUUUUCAGGCACUGCGUUUACAUGGGUGGAGAGUCUCAUUUAUAGAAAUCUCCAAUGUGGAUCACUUUAACAUCAUUGAGAAAAUGAUUCAGAAUGAAUAUAUACUGACUCAGGUUAUUUUGAAAACAAUUCUCCAGGAAUAAGAGAGCCAGAGUUUUACCAUGUCUUCUGUAGCUUGGCGAAGAACAAGGAGCCCUCCUCCAAAACUUCUGUGUGAAACCAGAAAGCUGCUUCCUUUAUUUUUCCAUUCUGGGAAGGUUUGGGUCUUAGACCUUUCACAAAAGCUGGGCAGAGCUUUGCUUUUUUACCUUCCCAUUGCAGAGAGAAUAUUCCUAUGUGCUUGUUGCCAUGACUACUAGUAAAAUCUUUUAACUUCA